GGAAGCUUCUAAGCUGGCCCUUGGCCUCAGACCCGGUGGGGCCCGGGGUCUGUAGAUAGGGGAGGCCUGGCCUCAUUCCAGCUCCUCUGGGCUGUGUGGUGCCAGUUGGCUGCAACCUACUUCAGGCUUCACAGGUUCCUGUCCAGGAAGUAGAGUACAGCCAGAAGUCAGACUGAUAAGAAACGCAGGCUAAGCUCUCGAUCGGUCAGAGGAUAGUACUUGGGGCUGCUAACACCUCAGGCUGGUUUUGAGGGUCACAGCCAAGAUAACCUGAAGAUCCUCACUGAAGGAGACUGGCAAGUGCUUUGGGGGGAGUGGGGGGGUCGGGAUGGAUUCCUUCUGUCCCUUUGACAGGCAGACCGGGGAGAUCUAUUAGCCUGUGGGAGCUGGGGUGGUGGGCAAGAAAGUUUACUCAGAAACUGACUUCUGGCCAUCAAGUGCUGAAAUCUGCCAUGUGGCAAUGAAGAGGAGGAAAGAGUGGGUCAGAUACCAUAGAUAAGCCCAAGUGGCAGGUCAUCAAGCCAUUGGUUACAAGCAGUAGGGUGACCAAGGACAGGCAAGCAGCCAUUUACCUGAAAAUGGUUAGGCUGGUAGCCAGACCUGUCAGGGCAGGCAGGUCAUCCUGACAGGCCUGAAGCAGCCAAGAACCACCUAAAGCUCCAAGUCGGAGGUGGUCCUGUGGUUUGGCAGAGGCAAAAUGGGGGAGAUGGCUGCCUGGCAGGUAGUCAGUAGGCACGUGUGAUCAAAUUGAUGGCAUAAGGGUAUGUAUAGUCUGUAGGAACUGAGUUGGGGACAGCUUCAGAGAGCUGUGUGAUAUUCACAGACCUACCCUGGGGGCUUCGGGUGGCCGCACCAUCUCACAAGACCCCAGAUGGUCAAUCUCCAAAAGCUGUCCAGACCCUCCAGGACCUGGCCUCUUGAGGCCUUGUGUGGCUCCAAUGGCAGCCUCCCAGCUGGCCGCACUGGAAGAAGAGGAGUUGGGGGCUGGCGAGCCAGCCCUGACCAAGGCCAGCCCUACCUUCUUGUACUCUGAGGGCCAGCGGCUGGCUUUGGAAGCACUGCUGAGCAGUGGUGAGGAGGCUUUCUGGGCCUGUGUGCAGCAGGAGAGGCUGCCCCCCUUUCUGAGUACAGAUGAGGCUCAGGCUCUGGCUACCGCUGCUGAAGACUGGAUAGUACUAAGCCAGGAGCCUGGUGCAGCAGGCACAGCAACAGCGGUCACUGAUGGGGACACUGGCAGCCUGACCUACUGGCCUAGGCAAUCUGAUGAGCCGGCACCCCUGCUGCGGCUGGGCUGGCCUGAAGACACUGCCUGGAAGGGCAUCACCAGGGCGCAGCUCUAUACCCAGCCACCAGGCGAGGGCCAACCACCUAUUAAAGAGUUGGUGCGCCAGGAAAUCCAGGCUGCUGGCAAGCUGGUGGCUGUAGUCAUGGAUGUCUUCACUGAUCCUGACCUGCUCAGAGACAUGGUGGAAGCUGCUACACGCCGAUGGAUUCCUGUCUAUCUACUGCUUGACCACCAGCAUCUGCCUGCCUUCCUGGCACUAGCCCAGAAGUUAGGGGUGAACCUGUGGACCACUGAGAACCUGGAUAUCCGGACCGUGCAGGGCCACACCUUCCAGAGCCGCAGGCGACGGCAGGUGAGCGGCCACGUGCGGGAGAAGUUCCUGCUGCUGGACGGUGACAGGGUCAUCUCGGGAUCCUACAGCUUCACAUGGAGUGACUCACGCCUGCACCGGGGCCUGGUGACCUUGCUCACAGGAGAAAUUGCAGAUGCCUUCAGCCAGGAGUUCCGUGUCCUGUACGCGGCCUCCAGGCCGCUCCCACCAGCACCAACUCGAAGCCCUUUGUUCAGUCCUCCUGAGGGCCCACAGCUGCCCCGAAGCCCACACCGUGUGGCUCUGCGCUGUCCUGUGGCCCCUGUGGCCCCAUUGCUGUCUGAUGGGCCUUUGGCUCAGCGCCUGGCUGCCUGUCACAUCCUUGAGGGGGACAGACGGGGGACCCCCACCACUUCAGGGCCUGCUCUCAGUGACAUCUUGAGGAGUGUACAGCGCACCAGGACAGCCAGUGGUCCCCCAACCCGACCCAGCCGCUCCCUAUGGGACCUUAGCCGCCUGUCCCAGCUCUCUGACUCCAGUGAUGGUGAAAAUGAGCCCAAGAAGUCCUGGGGCUCCAAAGACACUCCAGCCAGGGCCCUGAUGAGGCAGCGGGGCACUGGAGGUGGGCCCAGAGCUGAGAUGGAUUCCCGAUCACAGCCCUGGGGUAGCCCCCUACCCGUGAUUCCAGCCCGUCGCCUGCGUUACCUAUCCCCAGCCCAAAGGAGACUGGGGGACAAUGCCACCACAUCAGACUGGGCCUCUGGCUCAGGCUCUGGAAGGAGACGCUGACAGGAGCACUGGCCAGUUGUGGCUGGCCAGCUAUGGGUCAGUUUAGAGCUGUGUCUGAGGCCUCUAGUCUAGGAUCUUGGCAGCAGAAGGGAUUGGUCUAGAAUUGGGUGAGCUCACGAGUUAAGGGCUCAAUGUUACUAUCUGGGGAAUGGGCAGAUUUCCAGACAGGUUCCAAAGCAGCAGACAGGACUGCUACAGAGACAGGCUCAGCUGCCUCACCAUGUACUGUAUAAAGAGAUAAUGGGGGCAAUCCCACAACAGAGAAGACAUGGACAAAGUAAGUCCAGGAGAGGAGAAUUAUGGAGAUGGAGGUUAAGUGGGGAUGGGCAAAGCUGACAAAACGGUCUGGAAAGUACUAGGGACACUGAGAUACUGGAAUAUGUCUGGAGUUUUCUGCGGGAGCUAAGGAGGGCUUCAGAGGGCUUCCCUGUAUGUCUGCUCAGAUUAAACUCCAACAGCACAGA